UAUAUGUAAUAGGCGACCGGUGACUUCUUAUUGCAAAAGCAAUAAAUUCUGUCAUGUGUACUAGGUUUGUACCUAUUUGUACUGAGCUUAAAAUAUUUUGUCAAUAACCCAUCUACUUCUAAAUAAUUAAUUAAAAACCCAAUAUGAGUCUGGCCGAGAGAUCAGUGAAGUCAAACUAUCGAACAACAUCAAUUUCUCCUGAUCUGUCGGCCAGACUCAUAUUGGUUUUCUCAAUAAUUAUUUCAAAAUAAAUGACUAAUUAAUAAACACAGGUUAAUUAGUAAAAACAGGCUCUUACUAGACUGAUAGAAUACAAAUACAGUUGAAUUCCACGAGAAAAAGUAUCCAUUGAUUGAUGGUAUGGGUCCACCCAUGCUAAAAAGGCGAGCUAAUCUGCCAAAAAUACUUUGGUAUCAAGAUGACGUCAAAGUAGUGCUAAGAAUCAUGUUAGUUGAUGUCAAAAAAUACUUCGUUGAUGUUGACUUCGAUCACGUUCGAUUCAGUACUAUACAUGACGACAAAGUGUAUUACCUGAGUUUGUAUUUCUUUGGAACGGUUGUACCUGAAAAAACUGUGAAUGAAAAUACGGGGAGAGAAAUAAGAAUUCAGUUUGUUAAAGCACAUAAAUUUUACAAUUGGUUGCGACUCGAGGAUACGACAGAAAGAACCCGUCAAAUUAUUCCGGAUCCUGAUAAAAUUGUGGAGGAAUCGUUCGAUCGCAUUUCGAGAGUUCGAGGUUGGGAGGAUUUCGAGACUUAUAAGACUAUGAACAAACUGAACAUCUACCCAGACGUGCCGUCAUCAGACUCAGAUGAAUCUGAUGAUGAUAGAUAUUUCUUAGCAGCUGAUUGUUGAGAAAAGUCUCCGAGAAACCGUUUAUGGCAUUUGAAAAAAUCAUUGCUAGUCGACAAUUUUGAUGAUUCAAAUUCCAACAUCUCCAAGAAAGGAACAUCUCACCCAGGGAGGGAGCUAUCAGCAAUGGAAAUCUGCAACACUUGGGCCUUAAAAUGUUCAAACUCUCAGAAAUGAUUCCAUAAAUGAUGUAUUUUUUUAUUAUGAAUUUCCAUAAAAGAAGUUAUAUACUUGAAAA